CGCAAAGCUCUUCCGUCUGAUCUUCCAGUUACCUCACUGAACGGAGCUGGGCUAAGUCCUGCCCAUCUAUGACAUCACCCCCUUCUUCAACCACUGCGAGGUGAAGCUUUAACUUCAGACUUGAAGGUGGGCUGUGCAGUAAACUGGAAUGCUGUCCCUCGCUGGCUUCUCGGUGGAGAAGUGAUCCCAACAGGACCAGCUCAGCCUGCAGCUGCCGCGGGCUUUUGUGAGGACUGGACUUGGAGCUGGGAGAGGGGGGAGGGUUAUCACUCCAGUUCACAAGCAGUGGAAUUACAGCUAUAGCAGCAGAAUAUAUGGGAUUGCUUUUUUCUCGUCUUCCUGGAGAUGCUCAGACCCGGUGUAUUUCAAGGAACAGAAGUAUAAAAGAAAUCUAGUAUGCUUCCUUUUCUUUUUUUCCAUGAAGAAUAUUUGAAUUAAGCUUUCUUUACCUCUUAAAAAAGAAUACCUGUUCUUGCAUAACGUGAAUGCACCAGAUAUUCUGAGAAAGCAGCAAGAAGCAAAAGCUGGAAAUAGCUAUUUCACAGCAGGUAAUCAUACCUCAGGAUGUAGCUACUGUACAAAAUUUAUACUUGGAUAAUCCCGGAUGGGAAUAAAGGUGGGGGGUAACUGCCUGAAAAACAUAUUACUAUACAGGCCUUAGCAUCAUGAAUGGCUUUCUUCAUGAGGAUCUGAAGUUACUAUCUCUGACCACAUUGCACAGAAGAGUCAAUAAGAAUUUCAAAGAGAGCAAUUUCCACUGAGGGAAUUAAGCUACACAAAAGGAACCUUCACACAGAAACUCUAUAAGAAAGAAAAAAAAAUAUAUAGGAAGCCAUGUGUUCUACAUAGUAACAGGAAACUGAAUUGUUUCUGGUCCCCACUUUAAUGAGCUUGCCCACCAUGCUCAACCGCAGCUGGAAUGUUCAUUGACAACAGCAAGCCUGAUCUGGAGGUGUGUGCCGCAUAGGAUUACUUGAAUAAACAGUGAAGAACAUUUCCAAGAACUAAACAAGAGUUUAUAAGUCCCAGUCCCUCACCAGGAAAAUAAUAUAUGCGCAUUGGAUUUUCACUCACGCAAAAUUUACUCACAUCGUUCAAUAAGGGCUCUGAAACUACCUUGUGUGAAGACCUCAACACUGCUGACCAUGAUCAGCCCAGCCUGGAGCAUCUUCCUCAUUGGGACUAACAUUGGGCUGUUUCUUCAGGUAGCACCUCUAUCAGCUAUGUCUAAAUCCUGUCCAUCUGUGUGCCGCUGUGAUGCCGGUUUCAUUUAUUGCAAUGAUCGCUUUCUGACAUCCAUUCCAACGGGAAUACCAGAGGAUGCUACAACUCUCUACCUUCAGAACAACCAAAUAAAUAAUGCUGGGAUUCCUUCAGAUUUGAAAAACUUGCUGAAAGUGGAAAGAAUAUACUUGUAUCACAACAGUUUAGAUGAAUUUCCUACCAACCUACCAAAGUAUGUAAAAGAGUUACAUUUGCAAGAAAAUAAUAUAAGGACUAUCACUUAUGAUUCACUUUCAAAAAUUCCCUACCUGGAAGAAUUACAUUUAGAUGAUAACUCUGUCUCAGCUGUUAGCAUUGAAGAGGGGGCCUUCCGAGACAGUAACUAUCUCCGGCUGCUCUUCCUGUCCCGUAAUCACCUGAGCACAAUCCCCUGGGGUUUGCCCAGGACAAUAGAAGAACUACGCUUGGAUGAUAAUCGAAUAUCCACUAUCUCAUCACCAUCUCUUCAAGGUCUCACGAGCCUAAAACGCCUGGUUUUGGAUGGAAAUCUGUUAAACAACCAUGGUUUAGGUGAUAAAGUUUUCUUCAACCUAGUCAACUUAACAGAGCUGUCACUGGUACGGAAUUCCCUGACUGCUGCACCAGUAAACCUUCCAGGCACAAAUCUGCGAAAGCUUUAUCUUCAAGACAACCAUAUCAAUCGGGUGCCCCCAAAUGCUUUUUCUUACCUAAGGCAGCUGUAUCGACUUGAUAUGUCCAAUAAUAACCUAAGUAAUUUACCUCAGGGUAUCUUUGAUGAUUUGGACAACAUAACCCAAUUGAUUCUUCGCAACAAUCCCUGGUAUUGUGGGUGCAAGAUGAAAUGGGUGCGUGACUGGUUACAGUCCCUACCUGUGAAGGUCAAUGUGCGUGGGCUCAUGUGCCAAGCCCCAGAAAAAGUUCGGGGGAUGGCUAUCAAGGACCUUAACGCGGAACUGUUUGAUUGUAAGGACAGCGCAGUGGUAAGCACCAUCCAGAUAACCACUGCGACCCCCAACACAGUGUAUCCUGCUCAAGGACAGUGGCCAGCUUCAGUGACCAAACAACCAGACAUUAAGAACCCCAAACUCACUAAGGAUCAGCGAACCACAGGGAGUCCAGCAAGGAAAACAAUUAUAAUUACUGUGAAAUCUGUCACCUCUGAUACAAUUCAUAUCUCCUGGAAACUUGUUCUACCUAUGACUGCUUUAAGACUUAGUUGGCUUAAACUGGGCCACAGCCCAGCAUUUGGAUCUAUAACUGAAACAAUUGUAACAGGAGAACGCAGUGAAUACUUGGUCACAGCCCUGGAGCCUGAUUCACCCUAUCGAGUUUGCAUGGUUCCCAUGGAAACCAGUAACCUCUACCUAUUUGACGAAACUCCUGUUUGUAUUGAGACUGAAACUGCACCCCUUCGAAUGUACAACCCUACAACCACCCUUAAUCGAGAGCAAGAGAAAGAACCUUACAAAAACCCCAAUUUACCACUGGCUGCCAUCAUUGGUGGCGCUGUGGCUCUGGUGACCAUUGCCCUUCUUGCUUUAGUGUGCUGGUACGUUCAUAGGAAUGGCUCGCUCUUCUCAAGGAACUGUGCAUACAGCAAAGGGAGGAGAAGAAAGGACGACUACGCAGAAGCUGGCACCAAGAAGGACAACUCCAUCCUGGAAAUCAGGGAGACUUCUUUUCAGAUGUUACCAAUAAGCAAUGAACCAAUCUCAAAGGAGGAAUUUGUGAUACACACCAUAUUUCCUCCUAACGGAAUGAAUCUGUACAAAAACAAUCACAGUGAAAGCAGUAGUAACCGAAGCUACAGAGACAGUGGUAUUCCAGACUCAGACCACUCACACUCAUGAUGCUAGAGGACUCGCAGCACACUGUGUUUCGGUUUUUUAAACCUAAGGGAGAUGAUGGUAGGAACUCUGUUCUACUGCAAAACACUGGAAAAAAAGAGACUGAGAAAAGCAAUGUACUGUACAUUUGCCAUAUAAUUUAUAUUUAAGAACUUUUUAUUAAAAGUUUCAAAUUUCAGGUUACUGCUGCGAUUGAUGUAGUGGAGAUGCCUGAACACAAUUCUAUAUUUUAGUAUUUUUUAGUAAUUUGUACUGUAUUUUCCUUGCAAAUAUUGAAGUUAUAAACCAUUUACUUUGUGUUCUACUGAGUAAGAUGACUUGUUGACUGUGAAAGUGAAUUUUCUUGCUGUGUUGAACAAUCAGGACUGCGUUCACAUGAGAUCCUUGUAGUAUAAGCACAGGCCAUUUUUCACUUUGGUAUUAAUAACAUGUAAAAAAAAAACCUGGCUGAAUGAAAAAAUGAAAUUUCAAAAAAUAGUUAUGAAAUACUGUUCCAAUAUUAAAUUUGUAUUCCAGUGGUAUUCAAUAAAUCAAAAUAUGUGAGGUAAUGGGCAAUAUCAAACUUGCUGCAUAACUCCAUUUUUUACUCUAAGCAAAUUAAAUAUUCUUAGGAAAGUAAACAUCUUUCUGAACUGAGUACAUCAGCUGGCAUAAAAGGAGUGUGAAGUCUGCUGUUGUUAAUGCCAUUGUUAACAAAGCUUUGAGAAUAAAAGACUUCAUACAAACGAUGUAAACGUGCUUCCAAGUUCAAGGGAAAUUUGUACUUGGGAAAACAUGAAAACUUAGACUUGCAUAGCAUAAUGAACACAAAUAUCAACUGCAUUAUGGUUUUUCCUGUCCCAUCCUGGUUUUUGAGAAGUCAGUUCUAAAGACACAAUUGUUAGUGUUUAUGAUGUUUUUAUCAUAAAAUGUCAAAAAAAAACCUUUACAUACAUUAUAAAGGUAGCAUAACCACAAGCAAUUCCCCUCAACAAUGCAAAGAAAGUAGUACUUUAAAUAAGUGAGAAUUUAAAAGAAAAAUACAUACUAGAAGUCAAAUUUAGAUCUGGUUUAUGUGAAAUGCUUUCACACUGUACAUAAGUGUUCAAUUUACUUUCACAAUGAUCAAGAAUACUGCCCAUUACUGUCACAGUUUUCCAGAUAUUACAUAAUGAACUUGUAAUGUAACAUUUCUUUCUCGCUUCCUACUGAAUUGUGAGCUAUUACUUGUUUAAAAACCACAUCACUUUUCUGUUGCCAUGAUUUUUUUUUCCCCAACAAAAAAACCAAAGUGCAUUGUACGCCCUUUGGCCAGUCUUGUAUGUGCCUUGAUCCAACGCUACAUGUAUUCAGCUUUUAAAACUCGACAAAUUUUUCAUACUUCCUUAAAUAUGAAAAAUUGUGGUCUUAUUGCUGAAUAAAACAAAAAAAGUAUAAAAUAAUCGUGCUUGCUUUUUCAGGAUUAUGUUAUGACCACUAAAAUAGCAAACUGUCCAGCACAUUAGUCUUAAGCACCCCCAUGUAUUUUUCUAGGCAUAAAAAUAAACAUUGGCUACAAAUUUUAAAAAUA